GGCUUUGAUAAGGCGCUACACGAGCUUAAGCCGGAUACGUUCGUCCACUUCUACUGGGAGUCUCUUUUAAGCGACAGGGAGUUUGUUUGGAGUUGUGACACGAAAGAAAAUGUGUCGCAGAAUUUGUCGAAGGAUUUCGCGUCCAGUUUCAUAUCGAGUAGAGGUACGAACGUGUACUGGGUGUCAUUUCUGGAUGGAAGGCAACGCGUACUGUUGUUCACCGAGGAUCUGGCGGUGGCGACAAUUGCACAGCAGGCGUAUGAGCUGGAAAGAUGCGAUUUGCAGCUGACCGCGUCGUUUCAAGGAAUCGGCCUCUCGUUGGUCGACAACCGUGUCCCGGCUGAACUCGCUUAUGUUGCGAUCAUUAGUUCAGGCAUUAUAUGGGAAUGCAAAAAGAAGCGAUUUAAGGCAAUGUCCAUCAAGGAAUGUCGGAAUCUCGAAGCUGCCUAUGCCAAAUACCUGAACGAACGCGAAGUUUCUAAAAAUAAGUCAGUCUACGUUGCCGACAAAAUGACCGUUGAUUUCGAAUCAAUGCAGCAAGUGAAACCUCAUAAACGGGAAAUCCGGCGGAGCUUUCAGACUGGAUUUUGGAUGCAGUACAAAUCUAGUCCUCACGACGUGCAGCUCCACAUGAAGAUAAACUACUUCCAAAUCGACAACCAGCUCAGCGGAUGCGUGUUUCCAACCGUUUUCUCGCCAUUCCCGUUGCCGAAGUCUGUCGCAUCGGAAAGCAUUCCUAAGCCUUUCGUGGAAGUCAGCUUUAUUAUGCGUACCGGCGAGCACAGCACCAUUCCUCACAUUGAGUAUUUCAAGGUCCUUGUUCAGGAAAUGGCUUUAAAAGCAGAUCAGGGGUUUGUCAACGCAAUGUUGUCGUUCCUAAUGCCGGAAAAUCAGUCGGAAUUCGCAGAGUCCAAAGGUCUUGAACAGGACAUGCUUGUGGUUAAUCAGGAUGUUAAAGCAGUCGCUCUCAUAAGUUCUUCUACCGGACAGAAGUCGUUUUACAACAUUUUGCAUUUCUCUCCCAUUAAGCUUCACCUAAGCUAUUCGCAAGGUGGCGCCUCAACCGAAAUAAAUCAGCCGAUUCCGGCUUUCAGCUCUGAGUUUUUUGGGCUGCUUCUGAAAAGUGUCGGUGUCACGGUGACAGAAAUUCAGGACGUGGUCUUCAAGCUGGCAUACUUCGAAAAGGAAGCGGUUUUCUUGAGUCAGAGCCAGCUGAUAAGUGAAGUGGUGAAUCAUUACGUCAAGCAGGCUGUGAAACAAAUAUACGUGCUCGUACUUGGUCUCGACAUCAUUGGCAACCCGUUCGGUUUGAUUCGUGAUCUUUCUUCUGGUGUCGAGACGCUGUUUUACGAGCCCAUUCAGGGAGCAAUUCAGGGCCCUGAAGAAUUCGUAGAAGGUUUAGCUCUUGGCGUGCGUAGUUUGUUUGGACAUACCGUCGGAGGCGCUGCGGGCGCUGUUUCAAGAAUUACGGGGACCUUGGGCAAGGGUAUCGCUGCGCUCACAAUGGAUGAUGAAUAUCAGAAGAAGAGACAGGAAAUGAUGAAUCGCCGUCAGGGAGACUUCGCCUCUGGAAUAGUACAAGGUGGCCGAGGUCUGGUUAUGGUAUCGCUUUCGGUUGUUCCGUUUCGUUUCAUUAGUUCAUUUACUUGUUUUGAGGGAGUGGUUGAAGGAGUCACUGGAGUAUUUACUAAGCCAGUCGAAGGCGCAAGGGAGGAAGGCGUCAUAGGCUUCAUGAAGGGACUGGGCAAAGGCCUGAUCGGUGCGGUAGCCCGACCGGUUUCGGGGGCAGUGGACUUCGCUAGUUCUUCGUUCGAAGCUGUUCGAAAAGUAGCCGAUGUCUCUGCUGAAGUGAAGCACAUUAGGCCGUCUCGUUUCAUUCUUCCUGAUAAAAUCGUUCGACCGUACCUGCGUGCUGAAGCGGAAGGAAAUACGAUGCUUCGAGUGCGUAAGCUCGGCGCAUUGUUGUUGAUUGUCUCCUCAAAUUACACUGAAUUGGAAAAGGGAAAGUUCAUGCAUACCGAUAUCUAUGUAGCUGACGCUUCUCUAGCGAAGGACAAUAGCAGUUAUUUUUUUGUCACUGACAGGCUAAAACGGACUGUUAUUGCUUGUAGGCGCAUUUUGUUCGCCUCCAAGAACGAUAUUAUGAGCAGCUAUUCUGUCGAAUGGGAGCACGUCUACUCGGACUUUAACCCCCCGACUCAGGAUAAGAACGACCUCGUUGUCAUGCUCAAGGAAAAGAAGAAGAAACAAGUUUUUGGUAAAAGUAUCAGCGGCCGCAGAAUUACGUUUCUAAACGAAGAAUCCGCCAGGAUCAAAUCCAAAGAAGAAACUGUAUUCCUUAGUAACUCCGAAUCCACUGAUGGUCCCAUAGUUACAGGGAAACAAAAUGAAGACCAUAACAAGCGCAAACAAGUAAAUUUUGCACGAACCGAAUUACGCGUAAGAUAGUU